AGUGUAGUGGUGGUGACCAAUUGCUAACCCCUUUUGGCUUUUGUAAAAAGACCACACAACCAUCUUCCUCCUUAUUGCACCCCCAAAAAGAAAGAAAAAAGGGGAAAUUAAAAAUAAUUCACAACCAGCUAAACCUAAACCAUAAUCACCUUCUCUAUCUUUCGCACUUUCGCGAUUCUCUCUCCCCCCACCUUUCGCUAUUCACAGUCACUCCGCCUGGGUGGGCUUUGCGGUUGCCAAUGACGAUAAUCGGACAUUUGUAAAUUUUAGGUUUUUUUAUAAAAAAAUUUGAUUACUUUCUGUAAAUUGGAGUGAAAUUUAAGCGGUUUUUUGAUUGGAUAUAUGAAAUUAAAGGAUUAAGGUUGUUAAUUGAAGGAAAUUAUCAACCACUUGUUUCAUCCGUUUUCCGUUCGGUGGAGGUUGAUUGCUCUUUGGACUUGGUGGUUUAUUCGAGUGCUGAUUUUUGUUGGGUUCAUUGGGGGAAAGGAGAAGAGGUUGUUUUUGGGAUAUUUAAUGAUGACUACUUCAUGGAGCAUGUGGCUAGAAAAGAAUUGGAGAAUAUCUAAUGAUUCUGUUACAAGGAGGCUAAAAUAUCAAAAUUGGGAUGAGUAUGGAGCUGAAAAGUCCGCCCGUGGUACCUAGUGGCCUUGUUCCUACUGAUUGUGUCAGUGAUCCAGAUGAGAAGGAAAUUAGCGACGAUGAUGAUGAUGAUCGCAAUCAUAAGCAUCGUAGGCGGGAUACUAGAUCCCAAUCCUUGGAGACAGAUCCGCUAGAACAAGCUUUGAUACAACCGUACAGAAAACGGAGUAGGACUUAUGAAAAUGGGCAGAGUGAUCCCCAGUCUCACUAUAAUCUAGAUAGGGACUUCUCGAAGUUUGAAAAGAGGCGGCCUCCUGGAGUAAAUUUCUUUCAGUUUCCUGGUGAACAUGGUCCUGGAAGAGGAAGGGGUAGAGAUUUCCAUCGUGAUUCACGGUUUGGUUCCGUUGAUAUUGCUUCCCAAAUGGCUCAUCCAGGUUCUAUUCAGUCGGCUAUGUUCACAGGAAGAGGGUUUCCUAAUGUUCCAAAUGCACAAGGUGGAUCUUGGAGUGGCUUCGGACUACUUCCUGCAAUCCCAAAUGGGGCAAUGGAUGCAAUAAAUCCACUUGGGAUGCCAGGAAUGCUCAGACCACAGUUGAAUCCUUCACUCAACAUGGGUAUUCAGCGUCAGCGCUGCAGAGACUUUGAGGAGCGUGGAUUUUGCAUGAGGGGUGAUAUGUGCCCAAUGGAGCAUGGUGUCAAUCGAAUUGUUGUUGAAGAUGUGCAGAGCUUAUCACAGUUUAACCUCCCGGUGUCACUCUCAAAUGCACAUGUCCUUGGUACAUCAGCUGGAGGUGGGUUUAUGCCAUCAGUUGGUGUUUCUUCUGGUACAUUGAUGAGCAGCCGAGGUAUGCAUAGUAGAACAAGCAAGUCUGCUGUAGAUGAUGAGAGCUUGGCGGGUGUUGCUAAUGCUGGUGGAGCUGAUGUGUACGACCCUGACCAGCCUUUGUGGAAUAAUGAUGGUCAUGGAACAUCAACUCCGCUGCUUGGGUUGAAACCACCCAACUUUGAUGAUUCCGAGCCCUUUAUGGAUGCUGACCUUUCUGAUCGUGUAAUCUGUAAUAGUGGGGCGGCUAUUAAUUCACAAAGCACAAGUGCAACUGUUUGGGGACGACUCAAAAAUUCAAAGAAUAAGUUGGAACUGAAAGAGAAACUUGACUCUAGGACAAAGCCGUCAGAGUAUCCAGAAAGUAAAUUGAAAGAGAGUCGUGAGGCAUCAAUUAGCACACAAGGGACUUCUCAUCUUGGAAAACAAAACAAUGGAGGGCCAUUUGGCAUGAAAGUUGCUGGUUCAACUUCAAAGCUGCAAAAUGAUGCAGGGGCUAAUGCUAGGAAACUAUCCCAAAAGGCCCAACGCACUUUAUUCGUCAAUUGCAUUCCACUGAAAGACAAUAAGAAAGAAAACCUUCUCUCUCAUUUUAGAAAAUUUGGAGAAGUAAUUGAUAUCUACAUCCCAGCAAACAGUGAACGAGCUUUUGUGCAGUUCUCUAAAAGGGAAGAGGCAGAAAGAGCGUUGAAGGCACCUGAUGCUGUAAUGGGAAGCCGUUUCAUUAAGUUAUGGUGGGCAAACAGAGAUAGCGUAGCUGAAGAUGGCUCAAACAGUGUUAACAAUGUGAUAACGCAUCAAGGUGUGUCAGCUGCUUCUGGUUCACCUCAUCUGUCUGUUUUCAACAAAGGAAAAGAUAAUCUCCAACAUGCUGCUACAAAAGUUGUAGUGCCUAAACCUCCUGACAGCCUUGUGACUGUUGGCCAUGACUUUAAACCUACUGCUACCAACAGCCCGAGGGCGGCACCGCCAGCACAAAAAAAGAUGGAAAAUUUGGAGGUUUUGAGGGAGGAGUUACGUAAAAAACAGGAAAUGUUGGAACAGAAGAGGAAUGCAUUUCGCCGACAGUUGGAUAAACUUGCAAAGCAAGCUACAGGAGUCAAGGAUGAAGUAUCAGCUGGGCAAGCUGCGAAGGAGCAGACAGUUGAACCAUCAACUAGUGUGGAAAAAGCUGCAAAUUUUGCAAACACUAAGUCUGCAGAUGCUAAUGUUUCUGGACCAUUAUUGCAGACUGAGGUGCAUAUUGAGAACAUUGCAUCUCAGAGAUGCAGAACGAAUUCAGCUGGUGCACCGCAGGAUCCUCCAAAUUUGAAGCACACAGUUCGUCCAAUGACAACUGCUGCAGUUCCUUUUGCUAUGAAUAGAUAUAAAUUGGAUAACAGGCCAGCAACUUUUAGGAUAAAAGCACCUUUACCGUUCAAUUUGGCAAAUGUUGUUGCUUUAAAGGAUCACUUUUCCUUUUACGGUGUUGUAUCUAAUGUGGAGAUAGAAGAUUCUGGCGAGGAAGAGAGUCCUAAAGGCCACAAUGAUGAUUCCGAGGCAAUGAAGAAGUGCUCUGCUCGUAUAAGCUUUUCAACUCGACAGUCAGCUGAAAGGGCAUUCUUGAAUGGUAAAUGUUGGAAUGGAUACAAUUUACAGUUUUCAUGGGUAACUUCAAGUAUUCCUAGUACCAGUAGAAGUAGUGGGGAAAGUUCGUCGGCUUUUAAAGGUAUUAUUAAUGUAGAAGUUGAGUCUGAGGAUACAACAAAGCAUGAUAAAUCCCAGGGCAACAAAGAGAGUAAUUCAACUCCUAAGUCAUCAAAUGGACUUUGUGGUGAUAGCCCCAGGUCCAAUAACAAAGACAGUCCUAACAAAGACAGUCCUACAGCAGCUGUUCAGUCUCCAGAUAAAUCAGCAAAUUAUAUACCCUUAGAAGCAGAUGGAUCGGAAAAUAGAGAUUUUCAAGUGCAAGACAAAGAAGAAGAAGAAGAAGAAGAAGAAGAAGAAGAAGAAGAAGAAGAAGAAGAAGAUAGCUUCAUUGAGGCGGAUGGAAAUUUGAGAGUCAGUCCUAAACUUCUUGCUGCAGAGAGACUUGCCUGAAGGUAAAACUUGUCAAGGGAUGUCAAAAUUUUGAGACUUUGUACAGCCAAAAUGUAAAACUAUAAUGAAAAUUUGACAAUCUUUUGUUUAAGAAACAAUGUAGAUGGGAUCCCCAGAUUUUCGUUGUUAUGGAUCGGUCGAUGUUCUAAUUUUGAACUGGCCACUUGAGGUUGGUUAAACUAAGCUCUUUCCUUCUUUUGUACUUCUAUAGGAUUUUCAAUAUAUAUUUGUUUCCGUUGUAAA